AUGAGGACGCCGACGGCGAUGAUCGUGGGACUGGUGCUGUGCCCCUGCGGGCUCCUGCUGACGCUCACGGGUACCCUGGCACCCAGCUGGAGGAAGGUGAGCCUCGUACCUAACCAGCCCAUGGACCUCGUCUGGGAGCAGGGCAUCUGGGACAUAUGCAGGGAGCGGCAGAGCACCCACGACCGCCUCUGCGGGCAGGCUGACGAGCUGGGCUACUUUGAGGAGGUACCCGUGCGGGUGGCCCAAGGGCUGAUGCCCUCCUCGCUGGUGAUCACGCUCCUGGGCUUGGUGGUGGCUGCCCUGGGGGUUCGCUGCUGGCAAGAGGAGCCACGGCACCUGCUGGCUGGAGUGGCAGGGCUGGUGCUGCUUCUUUCGGGGCUGAUGAGCCUCGUGCCCACCUCCUGGUACACCCAUGAGCUGUGGGCACUGCCCGCACUGCCUGGCAGCACACUGGCUGUAGGCUGCAGCUUGGUGCUGAGCUACUUGGGAAGCUGUCUGGAGAUCUUGGGGGGACUGGCCCUUGCCCUCAGCUUCCAUCAGUGCUGGAAGGAGCGCAGGGCCCCCAAACUGUCCCCCAGCCCUGUGCUGGAGCCUGGGCUGUGCUCCACCACUGGAGCUUACAGCAAUCCCUGGGAUGUACUGAAGGAUGAGCGAGAUGGACAGCACUGGAGGAACAAUCCACCCUGUGACUCAGACUUGUAGCCCCAGCACCAGGACAGCAGCCACCUGCCUGGCACUGAGAGCAGUGCUGGCUCCUGACCUACAAGCCAUGCCCUUCUCCUGGGGCACCUCAAAGCAGCCGGAAAACAAGACCAAGGACCUGGCUUGAAUCUCUGCAACUUCCUCAAAAGCCUGCUGUGCUCUAGGUCCUACAACUGUGCCAAAUCCACACUGGGUUGAGGGCUAUACAUAGCUCUGGUCCCUCCAUGCAGCUUUUAACUCAUCCUCCUCCACCUGCACAGCAGCUUGAUCAGAGGCAGCUUCACUGUUCCCAUGUAAGCAAGGUAUAGGUUAGCACCAUGCAACCUUCAGGACUGAGAAUAGGGGAGGGGUGCACCUCCCACGUCUCUGCCCAACUCAGGACUGUGCAAACAGCAAAAUAAAUGCAAAGCAGUGGGUCUGUACUGUGGGAUGGUUACGGGCUUUCUGCCAGGCAGGCUUGG